CACAAAGUGUGCCAUGCUUAUUUUCCAGACCAACACAACUCUUCUGAGAUAAUAUUGGAUUGUGUCAACAUCUAAUAUAUAUAUAUAUAAUGUCUACAAAACCACAGAGGAAAGUUAAACAUGUUAGCAACGACCCGGUUGGUAACUUCGAGAAAUGGAAGAAAAAAUACAACAGGACGAAAAAACGAGUGAAGCAAGUCAGACAACCUACGAAGAAGAAACGGGUGUGGGAGACCGAACAAGACGGCAUCAAAAAACUUGUGGCUAAAUAUGCUCAGAUUAAUCCCAAGGAUGCAGUGAACUUUUCAGAUUUCCCACUAUCAAAGAAAACCCUCAAAGCUUUGGUAGAGGCGCAGUAUCGGCAGCCCACAGAGAUUCAGCGGCAGACCAUAGGCUUCGCCCUGCAGGGAAAGGAUGUACUGGGGGCAGCCAAAACGGGCUCAGGCAAAACAUUGGCCUUCCUGAUCCCUGUGCUGGAAUGUUUGUAUCGAAACCAGUGGACGGCACUAGAUGGCCUUGGCGCCCUUAUAAUUUCCCCAACUAGAGAAUUGGCCUACCAGACAUUCCAGGUUUUGCGUAAAGUGGGUAAAAACCAUGAAUUCUCUGCUGGGCUGAUCAUAGGCGGCAAGGACUUGAAGGAUGAGGCCGAGAAGAUCCAUCGCACCAAUAUCAUCAUCUGUACUCCAGGUCGCCUGCUGCAGCACAUGGACCAGACCUCUGCUUUCCAUGUCUCUGACCUCCUCAUGCUAGUCUUGGACGAGGCUGACCGUAUCCUGGACCUGGGUUUCUCGGAGACACUGAACGCCAUUGUAGAGCAUCUCCCCACCCAGCGGCAGACCCUGCUGUUCUCGGCCACACAGACCAAAUCUGUCAAAGACCUCGCUCGCCUCAGUCUCAAUGAGCCAGAGUAUGUGUGGGUGCAUGAGCAGGCCAAAUUCAGUACCCCCGCAACACUAGAGCAAAGCUAUGUGGUGUGUGAGCUCCAUCAGAAGGUGGAUAUGCUGUUCUCCUUCCUCAGGAGUCAUAUACACAAGAAAAUCAUUGUCUUCUUUGCAUGCUGCAAAGAGGUGCAGUAUCUCUUCCGAGUGUUCUGCCGUUUAAGGCCGGGCAUCUCAGUUUUAGCGCUUCAUGGGAAACAGCAACAGAUGAAAAGAGUGGAGGCCUACAAUGAUUUUGUUGGGAAGAAGUCAGCAGUUCUAUUUGCUACCGAUAUUGCUGCAAGAGGACUGGACUUUCCAGCAGUGAACUGGGUUCUGCAGUUUGAUUGCCCUGAGGAUGCCAAUACCUACAUCCACCGAGUUGGGAGAACAGCCAGGUACCAACAGGGAGGUGAAGCGUUGCUGGUCCUGCUACCCUCCGAGGAGAAUGCCAUGGUCGCUGCCCUCCAGGAGCGUCGAGUGCCCAUCAACAAGAUCCAAAUAAAUCCGGAGAAACUAGUCUCAGUACAACAGAAGUUGGAAGCAUUUUUGGCCCAAGAGAAAGAGCAAAAAGAACGUGCACAAAGGUGCUUUAUCUCUUACCUGCGUUCCAUUUUCCUGAUGAAGAACAAACAAGUUUUUGAUGUUACUCAGAUAAAACUGUCUGAAUACGCAGCAUCACUGGGAUUAGCCGUGGCUCCUCGAGUGCGUUUCCUCAGCAAGGCUCAGAAACCUGGACACAAGGAACAAGAAGAUGAGGACCAUGGGAAGAGAGGGGAGGAGGACGAGGAGGAAGAGGAUGAGGAUGGGGAUGAGGGAGAAAGCGACAAAAAGGCAGAGAGGAGCUCAGAGGAAGAAGAGAAUAGUGAAACGGAAGAUCCUGCAGCCAAGCUCAAAGGCCUGCUGUGCAAUUCUGAUGAUGAUGACAAUGACGAGGAUGAUCUAAAAGAUCUGGACCUUCUCACGGUCAAGAGAAAGGACGUAUUUAAUGUAAAUAUGAGCCAAGAUGAAGAGGAUGAUGACAGUGAAUCAGAAAAGCCUAAAGGUCGUCAAGUCAGAGCAUCAAAGGUUAAAGAGGCUAAGCGAGUUCGGAAGAAGAACUUCAAGGUUAACACGAAGAUUGUUUUCACCGAUGGUGGAGAGGUGGUGCAACAGUGGCCUGUCAUCCAGAGGCCCGUUGUCAGCGACAACCAGGAGGAACAGGAAGAAGAGUCUGGCAUCAAUUUCGAGAAAGCCAAAGAGAGGCUGAGACUUGAGGAUCAGGAAUAUGACAAAAAUGAAUAUCGCAGAAGGAUCCACGAGAAACAUCGGGAGAAGAGACUGAAGGACAAGGCCGCUAGGAGAGAGGCCUAUAAGCAGCAGAAGGAGGAGAAGGAGAAGAGGAAAAAGCAAGAGGCUGAGGGUGAUGAUGAGGAGGAUGAUGAUGAUGAGAGUGACGGUGAUGAGCCGGUCGCCUAUCUGGCUGGUGCAGAUGAUUUUGACAUCAGUGCACUCCCAGACCCAGAUAAAUACAGAGACUCCGACAGUGAGGGCAGUGACCAUGAAAGAGGAUCACGGAAGAGGAGAGCCAGUGACAGUGAAGACGAGGAGCCAGUGAUGAAGAAUAAGGGGAAGAAGAGGUCCAAGCUGGAGGUUGAGCCUGACAUAGAAUCCAAUCCUCUGGACACUGGGCUGUCCCUUGGAGAGGAUGAGGAGCUGGUCCUACAUUUACUUGGGCAGAGGAGUUAACAGUAUAUUUGUGAAAAUACAUCUGACAGACAGAGACUUGUAAUACUCACUCUCACACAUACCACCAUCCCCCAGAUUUUGUACUGCACAUUUUUAAAUGCUAUAUCAAAACAGCAAGCCUGCUUUCAGUGAGUGGUCCUCCAAGGUUUUUCUAAAUGUUCAGAGUGUGUUAUGGAGAACUAGCUAUAAAAUACUAGCUACCAAUGCUAUCUGACCUCAGUGCUUGAUUUUCACAUUAAAUCAUUACGAAAGUGUAUUUGUAAGUAAAGUCAUCGGAAAAUAUAGUUUACCAUGUAAAUAGUAGCUAAGUGUUUCAAACAAAUUAUGCUGAUCUAAAUUUGAAUAGCUACAGUCAGUGUUACAGACGUGAAUGUUCAGAGAAAACAGACUAUAUACACAAUGAGAAUUAAAUGUCAUCGAUAAAUAUAAAUACGAGUGUAACCACACAAAAUCAGAAAUGGACAAAAAAAAAAAAAUCCUGAAACAAA